GCGCCGGGGAACUUCCUGGUUCCCGGGCUCGGCUUUGCCGGGAGCCUCCUGGAAGGGAAACAAUGGGGCGGAGGGCACUGCGGUAGCCGCCGCCACCGCGCCGGACCCGCUCGGCCUCCCGCGACUGGCCGCCGCCGGGACCGCCCUGAGAACAGGAUAUGUAUUCCUCUGAGAAAUCCUGGACAGUAGAUUUUGGUCUAAUACUGGAUUGGGACAACACACACAGACUUUUCCAGUCAUGAAUUCGGACCAGGAUGUAGCACUCAAACUUGCUCAGGAACGAGCCGAAAUCGUUGCUAAAUAUGACAGAGGACGAGAAGGUGCAGAAAUUGAGCCUUGGGAAGAUGCUGAUUAUCUUGUUUACAAAGUCACUGACAGAUUUGGCUUUUUACAUGAGGAAGAGCUCCCGAAUCACAAUGCAGCUGUUGACCGGCAAAAGCAACUGGAAAUUGAGAGAACUACCAAAUGGCUGAAAAUGCUGAAAGGAUGGGAAAAAUACAAGAACACUGAGAAGUUUCAUAGACGAAUUUACAAAGGAAUUCCACUCCAGCUCCGAGGUGAAGUCUGGGCUCUUCUUCUUGAGAUCCCUAAAAUGAAAGAAGAAACAAGAGACCUUUAUAGUAAAUUAAAACACAGAGCACGGGGUUGUUCACCUGAUAUCAGACAAAUAGACCUUGACGUGAACCGCACAUUUAGGGACCAUAUUAUGUUUAGAGACAGAUACGGUGUUAAGCAACAAUCCUUAUUCCAUGUUCUUGCGGCAUAUUCUAUCUAUAAUACGGAAGUAGGAUACUGUCAAGGCAUGAGCCAGAUUACAGCCCUGCUCCUCAUGUACAUGAACGAGGAAGAUGCCUUCUGGGCCUUGGUCAAACUCUUCUCAGGCCCCAAACAUGCUAUGCAUGGCUUUUUUGUUCAAGGUUUUCCUAAACUCUUGAGAUUUCAAGAACAUCAUGAAAAAAUUCUGAAUAAAUUUCUGUCCAAACUUAAGCAACACUUGGAUUCUCAAGAAAUCUACACAAGUUUUUAUACAAUGAAAUGGUUUUUUCAGUGUUUUCUUGAUCGAACUCCCUUCACACUGAACCUCAGGAUAUGGGACAUCUAUAUCUUUGAAGGAGAGCGAGUUCUUACUGCCAUGUCUUACACGAUCUUGAAAUUACACAGAAAACAUCUAAUGAAAUUGUCUAUGGAAGAACUUGUAGAAUUUCUUCAGGAGACUCUCGCCAAGAACUUUUUCUUCGAGGAUGAUUUUGUAAUAGAGCAACUUCAGGUUUCUAUGUCAGAACUAAAACGGGCAAAAUUAGAUCUUCCAGAACCUGGUAAGGAGGAUGAAUAUCCAAAGAAACCUUUGGGACAGCUUCCUCCUGAGUGUAAUCCUGCUUGUAUUAAUCAGUUGAGUAACGGACAAAGAAGUGUUGGCAGGCCCAGCCCCCAAAUAAGCAGCAGAAGAGAAAAUGGAUCACCCCAGAAGAAACAUGAACAUUCCCCCGCCCACCAUAGCAGAACUGGUACCCCAGAAAGAGCUGGGCAACCAAGACGCAAGUCAGUGGAUGAGGAUAGUAAAAAUCUGAAGCAUGAGGCAGAUUUUCAGAGAAAACCUUUGUCAGGUCCACAGGACAGUUCUAGGCACUAUAACCAUGCAGCUGCUAACCAAAAUAGCAAUGCAGUUUCAAACAUCAGAAAGGAAUUUAUGCCCAAAUGGAGAAAACCGUCAGAUGCCUCAGCAAUUGAAAGAACUGCUAAAUAUGCCAUUGAAGGCAAAAGUCACUCACUGUACCCCACUCCUGCAGUUGCCAUCCCAAGUUCUGCUGAGACCCGAAUGUCCAACUCAAGGCAGAAGAUGAAGGUUUUUGAUGGCAGUGAUGGGAAGCGGGGCUCUAACGCUUCACAGUAUGACAAUGUGCCUGGAAGCGAAAAUGAAAUUGGGGCAUCUGUGGAAGAGGCACCAGAACGGACACACCCUCACAGUCCAAGGAAGCACGCUGAGCCAAGUUCCAGCCCAUCAAAAGUACCCAACAAGUUCACUUUUAAAGUGCAGCCUCCCAGCCAUGUAAGAUACCCAUCCCAGUUAGAAGGAGAGGAUCACAGGGCUGCAUAUCCACCCUCCUACAGCAAUCCCCCUGUUUACUAUGGAAAUUCUCCAAAACACAUCCCUGUUGCCCACAGCAGCUUUGUGUCCCCACAGAUCAGCCCUGGGACUCAAAUUAAUCCUUCCAGGAGACCAUAUGGUUCUUCUCUUUCAGUUGAUAUUUCUCCAGAGAAACCUUACAGCCGCCCAAUGCCUGUUGUUCUGCCAUCUAGUCAAAUUGAAGUUCUUCCCAUUGACAUUGGUGCCGGGGGAUAUGCUGGCAGUUCAGGAUCACCAAAGAAUGGAAAGUUCAUCCUUCCUCCAGUGGAUUAUUUACCAGAGAGCAGAAAAUGGUCAGAAGUUAGUUAUUCAUACAGGCCUGAGAUGCAUGGACAAUCAUGGACUCGAGAUGCUAGCCGUAGCCACUUCAGCAAUCUAUCAAAAUAUGCACCCUUUCAACAUGUACCUUUUCAGGACCAUGGCCUUCCAGAAGUAUCUGUUGACAGUCCAGUGAGGUAUAAAACUUCACCGGCUGUGGAAGAUGCCAGUCCUCCUGGGUAUCAGUAUACAGGCCCCUCACCUCCAGCACAUCACUACAGAAACAGAGAGGGACUUUCUAUUCAGGAAUCAGUAUUGCUGUGAGAGCUGGGCUGUAUUCAUUGAAGACAAAAUGAUAGAAUCCCUAUGAUAACCACAUUGCUAUGUUUAUAAUUGCCAAAGCAGUAUUUUAUACUAUUGUAAACAACUCAUGCGGUUCCAGUGUGUGUCAGUAAAAGAGUGUGGAAAUGCUUCAUCCCCAUGUAGAUGCUGCUGAAGAUGAGUGUUCAGUUGCAUCGUCACCGAAACUAAUAGGAGAAUAACCUGGAAACAUAGCAAUAGCAUUUAGGGAUGCACACACAGUGAGGUUCUUCAUGUUGUUUCGUUCGAAUCUUUCCUUCAGACCUGGAUGUUUUCACUUUGUGAUACAUUCUCUCCUGACUUCUGUUAGACAGCACUGAGACACCAUAGAGGCGCAUGCUCUGAAGGCUGUCCCUCGUUCUUCAAUAGACAUGACAAGCACCUGUGCACACAGAUGUAGAUCACAGAACUUAGAAAUGCUUUUUAAAACUACCUUUAAUCUAGAUCCAUGAAAUAACCAUGUUGUUUUUUUCCUCCCGCCUUACUUUUCUGCCCUCUCUGCCCAUCAUACUUUAACCUAGGUUAAACUGAAACUGACUUAAAAAAAUUCAUCCUGACUUUAUAAACCCUACAUCUCACAGAAUGUCAUUCUCCUUCAGUUACUGCCAUUUUAUCUCUACCUGAAAAUUAAAGACACUGGGGAGAAAGGAUGACCACUUAAUGGUGCUUAAAAUAUGGGUCAGUUAACUUGAGUGUGUGGCUGUGACGCGGUACUUGCUGUGUCUACCUCCAGCUGCCUCAGUGCCCUGUGCCCUGUGCCCUUGGCUCUGGUCUGGCCCUUGCACAGCAUCGGCCUGCUCCCUGCCAGGUGCAAGGGACUGGCCGCAGAAGGAGUUGGAAGUCACAGACCUUGUAGUACUCUGGGUAGUAGAAGGCUGCCUUUCAAGUUCAUUUGAAAGCAGCAUUAACCAUAAUGCAACUCCGCUCUUGGCUUCAGUUUCACAUACCCCAGGGGAACCAUUCACAUAGCCUUUUUCUGGCACUCAGUCUUUACUGAAUAUCAUGGAUGGAUAUUGCCACACUUACUGGGCCAUUACAUUAUCCUUGUCAAAAUUGUGGAAAAAUACCCUAAUUACUAAUAAGCAUCUAGAAUUUUGAUCUUUAUAAAAAAAAAUACAUAGUAUGUUUCAUAGUUUUUGAGAAAUGUUUCCAUGAAAAAAAUAAUUGAGGUUCAUGGUUAAAAAAAAGAAAAAGUUAAAAUAUGCUAUCAUACACUACUGUUACUAAAUGCUGACAAAAUGCUGGGUUCUCCAAGAGAGGACAUCUGUCUGCGUGGAUGCCCAUUCCAUCGUUACCUUCUUGUAUCUGAAUAUCAGAAAGUCCAACAGAAAGUCCUGCACGUUGGGGAUUUAAGCAUUUGAGGUACAAGAAUCUAUCUUAAGAUGAAAGUAACAUUUGUUUAGCUAGCGAACGUGACAAUAUUUUUUAUGUAUAUAAGGAUUCUAAUGUAAUUUAAUCAAUGUGGUAAUGAUGUUGUUAAGUGUGGAAACAAACGCAGUGUAUUAAAGUUGACACCACACUGAAACUCCAACUCCUGAUAACAUAACCAGGCUCUUGAUUUAGAUCAUGUGGAAGGUGAGAAAUAAAUGUAUGUAGAAAUGUAGUUGAGGAUAUAAUCACAGUUCUUAAAGUAUGACUCUGUGACUUAUAAGGACCAAGCUGUACAAUUUAGUUUGUAAUGGCAGUAUCUGUGCCUCUCCAGAAAGUAUCUAUCAUAGUGGUAUAAAUAAUGUAGAAUAUAUAUAUAUAUAUAUAUGUAUGCAAUAUAUAUAUACACACACUAUUUUCUUAUGUCAUUUAUGGCAUUUUUUAUCUGUAUACUUUUUGAUGUGAUUGUUUUUAACAUGCUAAAAGUAAUACACAUAUUUUGUUCUGUGUCUUCUAUGUGCAGUUCUCAUGUGGCAGGUGCUUUGUCCUGGUGCUUGCAGGGCCAAGCAGAUGUCUUCUGUGCUUACCUGCAGCGUUUCCUAUUUGCUGCGGUCCUCUGCUCUCAUCUCCAGUGAGACCAUGUUUAAAACCACAGCACCUUUCCUUGGUUUAAGUAUUACUAAUGGCAAUAAGGUCUUCCCCACUAGAAAAUGUGUCUCUGUUAGUUUUUUAAGUAGGAAAUUUUAAUUUAAAAUUAUUUGCCACUACAAUUUUAUUAUUUUAAAUUUAUUUUUAAAUAAAAUAAAUGUUAAGAGAAAUAA